GCGUUUCUGGAAAGAUCACCCCAAGGAGAUAGAGGCUGGGGUGACUUCCCUCCCCCUUCGCCCCCGUUGCUGCUGCCGCCUGGCCUCCAAAGGAGCAGGAGGAUACCACCGAGCCGCACGAAGGCUCAGAAGAGGGAGACGAGCCUAAGCGCAGGAGCUGGUUCAAGAGGACUCUGGGCUUGGGAGAGACUACGCCUCCACGCCCAGGCACAUAUCAGUACAAUGUCUACGNAUGAGGCACUACGGGUGUGGAAGAAGCAGCUCGCAAAGGCUCCCAAGCCCAGAGAGACGGGGCGCGUGUUUGACAAUCAGGGGAGAGAGAUCACUGGCCAGGUUGACAAGAAAGGAAGGCCAAUAGUGCCGAAAUCUGCGCUGGCUCCUCCCAAAUCUGGUCGAAGCACUGCGUCCCGUCGUCCUCGAGCGGAACCGAUAACAAGCCACUGGACAGCCGGACUGGGAGUCGGAGGACCCGGUGGUGGUUUCGUUCCUCCCAGAAGGCUGAUGCCUGCUGGUGAGGNNGGGGAACAUCGUCGUGAGGCGGAUUCCAGUGGUACCAACAGGGCCCUGGAUGAUGCUCCGGUGUUCUCUANNGAGGCCACCACCACGGACAACCUCGUGCGCGUGAAUCGAGCAGGCUCGCAAAGCCACGGCCGAGUUCUUGAGCUUUCUCGUGCACAUCAANAGGGAAGCGAUCACGCUGCGCCGCUCAUCGCGCUUCUGGCAGUGAAGAAACCCACCAGCCAAUCCCACAACAGCAUCACUACGACGACAUCACGUCCUGCGCGUUCACAGCUCUCGCGCUUCACCUCACAACAACUCUUCUCACGAUCUUCUCUUCCACACAACACCGCCAUCAUGUUCAGCAUUGGCCCUCCCAGCUCAUCAUCCGGCUCUGGCCCAUCCAGCAGGGACGUUUCGCCCAGCAAAGGAUCAGAAUGGUCUACAACCUCUGAACCUCACAUCGAACCAAAGACGCCUAAGAAACGCGCAUCAUCCAAAUCAUCCACUUCAUCCUUCGAAACGUACUGGUCUGAUGACAGCGAGACACCCGUCAAACCUCGUGCGCUGAGAAGAUCUGGCAGAGUCCUCUCCUCAAGAGACUCGUUCGAUGCAAGAUCUCUUCUCUCGACAUCGGACCCUAGAUCAGAGGCUGGUUCCACUAGAUCAGAGGCUGGAUCCCAAGAGUCUCACUAUCCCAACUCCUCAGAGCAUACCCAAGGCGAGACUGAGGAGGAAAUUCCGGAUAUUUUCCCCAACCCCGAAGAGUGGACUUCUCAGCACGACACUAGAAACAUCGAUCCCCUGAAGUUGGGCGUGAUCCCCGUGGCACCCCUUCCUCCCCACUCACGCGAAGCAUGGGGUCUUUCUCCCCUGAGACUGCGCUGCCCUUUCGAUUCUCACCGCCACCCCUACCACAUCUACGAGUGGAACACCAAGAAACUCAACUGCUAUGAUCAACACGAAAGCGACUGUCAACUCUGCGGAGCUUCUUGCUGCUCUGUCAUGGCGUACACCAAAGCCAUCAACGAAGACCCUCGCCCUAACCCUGUGGUGCCUCUGAAGUAUCGCAAGGCCUUCCAGCAUGACAUUGACCAGAUCAACGCCAUGAAGCCCCAAGCCACCGAUCCCUUUGAGAGAAUGCUCAAGUGCGACACUUGCUACCGCAACGUUUGUCCUGAUUGCGCAGGUCGCUGCAUGCAGCCCGCUUGUCUCCGUAUCAUCUGCAAGUCUUGCGGUGACCCCGACCCUUGGUCCUACUGCCAGUGUGAGAUGAUGGAUGGUAAACUCAGAGUUACCUACAUC